AUGAGCCAAAUCACACCACACCGCCCUCGCAAGUUGUUUCGUAUGAGCCCAGUCGUAUCAUACCGCCCUCACAAGUUGCAUCCUGACUGCCAAUACGCGUUUUCGUCAGAAGUAACAAAGUAUGUCAAACAACCCAUCAAAGAUGAUCCCAUAGGAUGCGUACUUCAGCACAUCUUCUUGAAUCAAGAUGAUCAUGUCACCAAGACUAUCGCAAGUCGUCCCCACGUCCAGGCCGGAGAUCUGUACCCAGAACGCAGCAUCACACAAGUGAUUCCUGCGCAACGACGUACAUCGUCGAUGAUAGUCUACACGGGCCAGCAGAUCGACAACAGAAGCCAGUACCGGAAGUUAACAAGUGGAUUUGACGAUUUCGUUUCCAAAAUAGAAGACUCAUCAGCCAUGCAGGAAAUUCCAAAGCCGCCGGGACUCGGUACCCAAGUUGUCAAAGGAUGGAGACACGGGGGGUCGCUCGCUACGGUCCUACGAAAGGUCUACAAGAACGAUCUUAAGUUUGCUGAGAAGUUGAUUGCGUCGAUACAGCAGCUUCCAGUACGUGAGCAACGGUUUCUAGAAGCCCCCGGUGACUUCACACUCCAGAGCACAUCACCAAUCGAUGAUUCGGUAACAGAGACCGAUGAGGUUUCGGAUGCCGAGGCCUCAGGAUCCGUCUAUCAUGGCACACCACACACUGACGGUCAGAGCCGUCACCCCUGUAACGACUUGGAAGAGACGCCCACCUCGUUGCAACCAGCCGAUUCCGGCAAAGACACAUCCUCAGCUGGCCCUAAAAGGCCUCGAAAUACAGACGAUCUUCAUAGCAGGAAGCGUCAGAAACAAUCUGGGAAAGGCGAGGAGAGGGCCGGCAACAGCAAGGAGAGGGCGGCUGGCAACAGCAAGGAGAGGGCUGGCAACAGCGAGGAGAGGGCUGGCAACAGCGAGGGCGAGGGCGACGGCAAUGAGGCUACUUCAGAAACCUCAGGGAAGCACAAAACGCCCGCAGAGGAUCUGCCAUGGCCUUGCCCUUAUUACUGGAAAUUUUCUAGAGGCGAGAGACAAACCGUGAGCUCUGCCUGCUAUCCCAGGGGAAAUCGACCGCGAUAUAUAUGGAGGGAACACCUUCAAUCUAUUCAUACAACCCAGGAAAAGAGUGCUAUCGGAUACGCGAUCACCUCUCAUGAGAUGAGAAUUCAUGACGAAAUAGUAUCCGCCACCGCACAGGAAACAGUCAACGAGAAGCCUCACCCUUUAGGGAAAGCGUCCGCAGCCGAGCUGCUACCCUCGCCAGCGUCGUCGAGUCGGGCCAUGUUCGAAAAGGCUAUCACCAUCAGCACACAGAAGGUGCUACGUGACUUUUUGCCGUAUCUGUUUGACACUGCACACGCUGGCAAGAUCCCAGCUUCAACAGGCACUUCAGCGAGGGCAGAAGAAGACUUACCACCCGAGCCAAAGAUGUCGGAGGACAAGUUUACAGUAUCAGGGGAAAUGACGAAAGUCGUCCUGAUGCUCAAAAGACUGGCCGAUGGACCUGGCCAAGAGCUAUCCCAUGACGUCAGAAUCGUCCACAGUCCCUCGGUAAGGAUGAUGUCCAUGGCGGUAGAAAACCUCGAUCUCCUGACCACAGCCUCAAUACCCCUUCCCGGACAAGUAACUGCUGUUGCGCCAACCACGGAUGCAGCGUUCCAGCAUCUUGGAACCCAUCUAAUCCCAUCACAAAGCUUUCUCAUGGAUGUUCCGAACGAGCACAUUGAGCAGGCAAAUUAUGGAGAGGUAUCGCAGUCUACUCUUCCACAGCCUGACACCAUAGCGCCAGAACUUCUUCAUCGCAGUUCUGGGACCCUUGAAAGUACGGGAGGGUCUAUGAAUAUAGUUGACUUUGGCGGUGGUCUCUUCGACUUUUCCCUUGGCGGAGGGCCAAGCUGA